AUGGUCAUCGAAAAUACUCCGCCCGCAGAUCAAUAUGUUGAGCAAAGGCCAGACAUUGAAGCUCUUGUCAUGAAAUCCCUAUCCCAAACACCAUAUCGGUGUCUAUCGCUGGAAAGGCUUUAUGGUGGAUACAGCAACUUAACAUUUCGAGGAAUCCUCCAUUCGCCCCUUCCAGAUGGACAGACGAGCGUCAUUGUGAAGCAUUUGAUAACACAUAGCAAUGCAGAUCUAUUUGAUGCGCCUGAAUGUCGCUGUGCCUCCGGGGACAAGUCGCUUGAAAUGAUGCAUGACGUUUUGUUCCAGCAUGGCAACGUUUUGAUUCGGACCCCAGCCCAUCUCUACUGUGAUACAGAUGCAAAAGUCGGUGUUAUGGAGGACGUUCCCAAUCACGGGACACUACGGGAAUACUUUGAUUUGAAUCCAGGAAUCGACAAAUCAACGGCAUUAACUAUCGGUGAAAGCCUAGGGCAAUGGCUUUCUGAGUUUCACUCCCGCGACUGGAGUCAUCUUGAUGACGAAUCAGCGGCGCCAUUCAUUCAGAAUCAGACCACUAUGAGAGAGUCAAAGGCGAUAUUUGAAUUCCUCAUGGAUUCGUUCCAUGAUGAUUCACUCGCCAGAGAAAGCAUCAUAAAGGUUUUUUCGGAGGAUGAUUCGUGCCAGUCUCUCAUUCAUGGAGACUUUUCUGGCAGAAACUCUCUUGUUCAGUCAGACUCGCCAGGCAAAGAUCCGAAUGCUAUAAAUAUUACCAUAAUUGACUGGGAGAUGUGCCGAUUCGGUUGUAGCUCAGUGGACCUGGGCUCUAUGAUAUCCAGCAUCUAUAUCCAAUGGCGUUUCGAUGGCACACCGUCCGCCAAGUUUCUGCUGAAUGGAUUUAUCCGGGGAUAUGGCCAAGUGAGCGACCAUGUGGCCCUUCGAACUGUUGCUCUAAUAGCCGUGUACAUAUUACUGUGGGAGAAGGUUGGGGGGCGUAUUCCCGGAGAGAGCAGAAGGUCACAAGUACCUGGAGUGCGUGACUACGGGAGGGACCUUCUCAUCAGGGCCGCUCAGGGAGAUGUAAAAUGGGUGUCAGAAUCCUUCCUGGGCGCAUUGCUCAAGGACAGGACUGAGUGA